UUUCUCAGGGGGUCCUGGGUUAAUUUUCUCUUUUACGGGGGACCUCUGAGAAAAUUACUGGCUGAAUUAUCUACUGUUUUUUGCUGUGCUCUGUGGUCCUCUGGUAGUUUUAGUCCCGUCCGGACUCAUAUCUCUAAGUUUCAGCAUCUCGUGUUUAAUAAAAUAACUAUUUGUCCACUGCCAUGCACUGCAUUUACACUUUGGGCGAGAGAUCCACUUAAACACAACAGUGAGCUACUUGAACCAUUUCCUCAUUGUAGGAAAUACAAAUUCAUCUCCAGAUAGCUUGGAAAACAAUAUCAGGAAGAGAAUUUUAAAACGUUUCUCUGCUUCAGUGUCUUUUAGAGACCAUCAUGCUGAUAUCAUGUGACACUGUGAUGUCACCUGACCGAGAAAGCCACAAAACUCACUGGUCCUCCUGUUUUUUCAAUUGCAGUCUGGAUGCAAGUGUUUUUCACAGACGUCCCCCUGAGAAACUAAUCCUGUCUGGAUAGGGAUUUGACUUUGUAUUGUCCUGUCUUUUCUGUAGUUUAACGAAGGGUGUGCAAUACUGUGAUAAAACAUUUUCAAAAAGAUGCUGAAGCUGAACAAAUUAACAAGUGAUCGGUGGCUCAAAGUGUUGCCAGAGGCAACUGCACAGGCUUCUACUGGAACUCCAGUGAUUAAAACUUUUGUAGUGUUUUGUGUUUGUGGUAUCUUGUUAUCCAGGUACUGAGAACGUUUCUGUUUUAGACACUUCAAACUCUGGUGUAUAUUCAGCUGAAGGAUGACCGUGUCCAGUGGUGUGUGUGUGUGUGUGUGUGUGCUCACCCUCUCUCUCUCUCCCAGUCUGCGCCACCCCUGGGUCAGAAUGCUGAGGCAGACAUGCAGUUUAUUUUUGGGUCAGUGACAGUGUGUCAAUGGCCGCAGAUGCGUCGCAAAGAAAGGCUCUGAGAUACCAACAGACCCUGCUGUAUGGGGAGUACAGAGAGCACCCUGGAGGAUCCCAACGGCGAGAGGCCACCCGUCUGCUGACGGAGAGGCAACUACGGAAGCAUGGGCAUCAUCAUCAUCAUCAUGGACAUCAUCACCACAGACACCACGGACACCAUGGGCACCACAGCCGGAGCCACAGCCGCCACCGCCACCACCUGGAGCAGGAGAUAGGAAGUGAUGGAGAAAAACCUGAGGAGAUCCACACAUCCUCCAUAAAGAAACAACGCUCCUACUCCAAGUGCAGAGACUGUGUGGCUCGUGUACAGAGGUUCCUAGUAACGAAACUUGGAGAGGACUGGAUCUUCCUUGUGCUCCUGGGUAUUUCCAUGGCACUAGUCAGUUGGUCUAUGGACUACGCCAGCGCCAAGAGUCUCCAAGCUUAUAAAUGGUUGUAUGGUGAGCUGAGUUGGAAUGUGCCUUUGCAGUACUUGGUCUGGGUCACGUAUCCGAUGAUUCUCAUCAUGUUUGCUUCCUUAUUUUGCCACCUGGUUGCUCCUCAGGCCAUUGGUUCUGGAAUCCCUGAGCUGAAGACCAUCCUUAGAGGGGUUGUGCUGAAGGAAUAUCUCACACUCAAAGCUUUCGCUGCCAAGGUGGUGGGGCUCACUGCUGGCCUGGGAAGCGGAAUGCCAGUAGGCAAAGAGGGUCCUUUUGUACACAUAGCCAGUAUCUGUGCUGCUGUGCUCAGCAAGGUUAUGACCUUCUUUUCCGGCGUUUAUCAGAGCCCAUACUGCUACACAGAUAUCCUCACCGUCGGUUGUGCUGUGGGAGUAGGCUGCUGUUUUGGCACCCCUCUCGGAGGGGUUCUGUUCAGCAUUGAGGUCACAUCAACCUACUUCGCAGUGCGCAACUACUGGAGAGGUUAUUUUGCUGCAACAUUUAGUGCCUUCAUAUUCCGUGUGCUUUCAGUAUUUAAUAAAGAUGCAGUCACGAUCACUGCUCUCUUUCGUACCAAGUUCCGCAUGGACUUUCCCUUUGACCUGCAGGAGCUGCCAGCGUUCGCCAUCAUUGGCAUUUCCUGCGGGUUUCUUGGAGCUUUCUUUGUCUACUUGAACCGACAGGUUGUCCUGUUUAUGAGAAAACCCAACGCCCUCACACGCUUCCUUACCAGACACCGACUGAUUUUUCCUGCUGUUGUUACUUUUGUGGUCACGACUCUGACGUUCCCCCCAGGAUUUGGACAGUUCAUGGCAGGAGAGCUAAUGCCACGGGAGGCCAUCAAUUCCUUGUUUGAUAAUUUUACCUGGACUAAGAUUUGGGGCUCAGCUUCUCCGCCUGGUCUGGGAAGAUCUUCUGCUUGGUUUCAUCCCGAUGUUAAUGUCUUCAUCGUCCUACUUCUCUUCUUCAUCAUGAAGUUCUGGAUGUCUGCGGUUUCAACGACGAUGCCCAUCCCCUCUGGGGCAUUCAUGCCUGUAUUUGUACUUGGUGCAUCAUUUGGACGUUUAGUGGGGGAGAUCAUGGCCGCUCUGUUCCCUCAUGGCAUUUUGUUUGAUGGAAUACUCUACCAAAUCAUCCCUGGAGGGUAUGCUGUUAUUGGUGCAGCUGCGUUAACAGGGGCAGUCACUCAUACAGUUUCCACAGCAGUAAUCUGUUUUGAGCUGACUGGUCAGAUCUCCCACAUUUUGCCCAUGAUGGUAGCAGUUAUCCUGGCCAACAUGGUAGCCCAGGGGCUUCAGCCUUCACUAUAUGACUCCAUAAUCCAGGUCAAGAAACUGCCCUACCUGCCUGAACUGGGGUUUGGACAUAUCAGUCAGUACAACAUCUUUGUUGAAGACAUCAUGGUGAGAAAAGUGAAGUUCCUUUGCUCGCAGUCCACAUACAGAGAACUGCUGUAUCUGCUAGACUCUACCUCCCUCAAAACUAUACCACUGGUGGAUUCAAAAGAGUCAAUGAUCCUGUUGGGCAGCAUAGAUCGAUCUGAGCUUCUUGCACUCUGUGACUGGUGGCUGUCAGCAGAGAGGCGGAUCCUGAUGCAUGGACAGGAUUUACAAGGUCAAGGGUCAUGUGCCAAGGUCAGCUGGGAAUCUUUUGCCUUUGUGGAUGAAGAAGGUGAAGAAAAUGGAGGCGAAAAGUCAACAUCUCAGACUGCGCCCAUACAAGAGGAAAGAAAUGGUCCUAUACCUUCACCCAAACCUCCAGAACCUUCUACAAAUCACACCACUCCAGAUAAAGGCCCCCUCCAGUCUUUCAGAAGGACAUUACACAACCUGUUCUCUUCCUCUUCAGAAACACAUACAGAGGGUCAGGCACAGGAGCCGACUCCUCCACCCCUCACAGAUACAAUGACACCUGAAGAGAUAAAAUCCUGGGAGGAAGCAGAGAUGGAUAAACCACUAGAGCUCGACCAGAUACGAAUAGACCCAUCUCCGUUCCAGCUAGUAGAGAGAACAUCGCUACACAAGACUCAUACAUUGUUCUCCCUUCUGGGUCUCAGUCAGGCUUAUGUGACCAGCAUAGGCAAGCUAGUUGGAGUCGUAGCACUAAAGGAGCUUCAGAAAGCCAUCGAAGGCUCCACACGGAGCGGCGUCCGCCUGCGCCCCCCUCUGGCCAGUUUCCGCGACACCAUACGAAAAUCUUCAAAGCCAUCGAAGACUUCGCCCGCCCUGUCUUCCCCCGUCUCUCCCCCAGGCUCCCCCCCUGCUUUUGUCCCGCCUACAGUGAUACCCCCACACUCCCCUACCCCUGCUCCCGUGGCCACGCCCCGACAUCAGGAGGAAAUGGAGGUAUGGAUUGAAGGAGUAAGCCGGGAUGUGGUAGUGCAGAACACAAGCAGCUCCACGACAGGGAGCAGCAGCAGCAGCAGUAGCAGUGGGACAGGAAGUAGCAGCAGUGAGGAAGGAAAUCCCAACAACAGCCCGCCCCUGCCUAAAUCCUCUCCUCCCUCCAUCCCUCUCUCCACUCUGCAACCCACCCCUGAGAAGACGGAGGACACGGUGGAGGACAGCGAUGAUGAGGAACUCAUUUAAGAGCUGUGAAAAGUGAUGCUUUAUUUUCUGUUUUAUUUUUAUAUCACAUGUUUUUUUAUUCACGUUGUUUGUGAACGUGUGAUGUCUGUCUGGGGUUUUUAUUUAGUCUGUCUCCUUUCACUGAGCUUUUGAAAAUCUGUAAAAUAUGUUUUUUUUUAUUCAUUCUGCUUUAUUUUGUUGGCUGCUUUCUUGUUGUCACUGACAAAACUAAGAUUUUUUUUUUGUCUCCUCCUGCUGAAAUAGAAAUAUGUAUGCACUUUCUUCCUCCUUAAAUAUUUAACUACCGUAAAAUAUAAUUCAUUACUUCUACAAAAAUAAUAAUAAUAAAAUAAAAAAUAGUACUUCAGUAGCACAAAAAAUAUAAUUAGGCAGCUUUCAGUAAUCAAUGCAUGUGCAACAUAAAUCUAAGAAAAUUAUACAAAAUUUAAAAAAAUAUACACACAGUACACAUAAUGUUUAGUUAAACAUCCCAUAACCAGUUGCACCUUAAUCUGACACUUUUGGUAGCAAUUAAAAGGUUCAGGCAGAAUUCUGUUUGGAAUUUUGAGCAUUCUGAUGUGGACUCAGUCCAUAUACAUUAUAUGAUGUCAGUUUUUUUUUUUUAACUACUGUCAAAGCUUAAUAUUAGCCUGCUUUAUCCAUUAGACCACCACUUGUCCUGUCAAUUUGACACUGUCCUGUCACUGACCAAGGGCCCUUUCCUACACCCUGCAAAAGGUGUGUCACGUUAUUUGUUGCUACCUUACACCCUGUGAAGAGUAUAUUUUUCAUGCCUUGCUCCAGCGUCGUUUAAAUAGCAAAAGUGCUUUUGCAUAUAUCUUUGCUGAUAUGUGUAGUGGUCUGAUAGAUCAACUUUAUUGAUCCCAGAGAAAAAAAUCUACACAUCCAGUAACAAAUGUACAAAGUGCACAAAAGAUACAAAAGAAGGAUAAGAUACAAUUAUGCAGAUAAAUAAAGAAAAAAAUUCAGGAAAACACACAAUAUGGACAGAGCUACUGGAAUAGGCCGCCACUUACCUCGGCACCGGCUGUGAUACACUAUGGAAGUGAGGUGUGUUCAGGAAAAUUUCGUCAGCAGUUAGAUGCUAAACAUCCAUUGCUAUCUUGGCAAUGCAGGCACGCCAUGUACCUUAAUUAAGAGAAUUAUUACAUGCCUUUUGUUUGUUUCGAGUCGUGCAAGAAGUGUGUUCUGGCUUCGAUGGAUUAAAAACCUGCAGUCAAUCUGGAUCUCUACAGAUAACAGUGGUGACCCCUAGCCUAUCUUAUGGUUUGAAGUUAAGUUCCUCAUUUAUUUUUUUGUUCACUUUGUGCAAUGUCGCAGUUCUAAAACAGUCCCAGAUUAGAGCUUAGAUUAUCUGCCCGAACUCGACCCAACCAAAGGCCCGACCAGAACUCUGCCAUGCAGAGAUUUCCCAACACGUAGCUGUCUGAUUUGAAUGCUAUUUUAAUUUUAUAUAAAGCUAUGGUGUGAUAUCACAAUUAACAAAUCAAACAAGUUAAAAUGUUAUGAUCAAGCAGCUCUGGGGUUUACGCACAGGUGAGCUCCUCCACUUGUCCACAUUUGACUUGCAGCACUGUGUGGCUGGUCUUAAAAAAACUUUUUUCAUAAAUAAUGUGUUGCAAUGUUAAUUAACAAAAUACUGAACAGAUUUUGCUCAUUCAAACAGCCCAAAAUGUUAUUUUUUUUAAGUUUUAAAGCUCUACUCACAAAAAAAUGUCAGGUUUAAAUCGGGCUUGGUCUCAUAUUGACGGUGUAUGGGGCGGAGCGGGGCGGGCUCUACCCCAGAUGUUGCUACCAAUGUUGGUACCACCACCAUGCUUACCAGUUGGUUCAGUAGAACAGUACAACAAGAUAAGCUGGAAAUCUUGUUCCAAACCAUUUUCACUGGGUAUACAUUUAAAUAGGUCUAUAAAUAUACUCUCCAGUAUUUACAUAUGUGCUAUCACAGCCCUUUAAACAUGAGAAUAUUGUUAUACACAUCUGUUUAUCAGAUCCUUUUAGGAACAUUUUUCCCCUCACACAUUAAAAAGAUUGCUCAGCAAUCUUUAUCCAGCAGAUGGUGCCCUAAGAAUACUCAGCACAGAAAUUGCAGCUUAUAUUUAGGGUGUGCUGCAGCUGCACUGCAGAGCCCACAGUUUCCAUACGAUACACAUGGAGCAUUUGUUUCUCAUAUUAUUUACCUGUCAGUCAGCUCAUCUGUGCAUGAAAUGUGCAUUGUUUAAAUUCAGCCUCCUCAUACUUGCUCUUUUUAUUUUAGCUUGUCAUUUCCUGUGCUGGUACUGUUACCAUAUAGUCUCAUUUGAAACAACAUACAAAUUCCUCAUAUUUACACACACUCCAACUCCCUUGUUUCUUUUAUCUCUCCGUGUUUUGUCAUCUCUCAGUCUCUCAGGUGGCUCUUAUGUCUUUAAACCAAGGACUCUAAUCAAUAUUGAACAGUCUAUAUGUGUAUGUCAUGUUGAAGUGUUGGGAUAUUUAUACUACUAUUGUUAUUAUUUUGGCUAUAUAAUAGCUCCUAGCUAAUAGGCUGAAGGGUGUAGUUUAUUUUGAAGGGUACAGGGGUGAACUGGAAUAAUGUAACAAGCACUUGUUUGAUCUGUCAUUGUCGAUGUCCGGUCUUUAUGUAUUUAUUUAUUUAUUUGUCUCUUUGACCUGCUCUCUGUGUGGACAGGGUAAUGUAUAAAUCAUGCAAGUUUAGCGUUAGUCAUUGAUUCGCAGAUAUGUAGUUUAUCUAAUGUAAUCUGCGUACUUAUUUAUGGUAAUAAUAAUUAAACGUGAUCAUUAGAAUGUGAUGUUUUAGUUUACAUUAAAAAAUGAUGAUUGGAUUUAGGUGGUGGCAGUUUAUGCAAUAAAUGAUGACUGGUAAACCUUCA